UUGAAGUUUCUUUUAUAAACUAAAAAAAUACACGUGUUUGUGUUUGCUGGAAGUAAAACGUGAAAAUCUUGUGAAUUUUUUAUUAAUUUUUAUAAAUUUAUCAAUAAAAUGGGCAAAAUUAAGAAGGAACCUGUUGAUGAAAGUGUUACCGAAGUGGGUAAUGUUAGCGUUAAGGAGGAGGAUAACUAUGAUGAUAAACUUAAGUAUGUAAAUGCUGUGGCACAACCCAUGGCCAGCAAGAAGAUUGCCAAGAAAUGUUAUAAAUUAAUUAAAAAGGCCAUGAAACAUAAAACCUAUGUACGCAAUGGUCUCAAGGAUGUACAAACCAGACUACGUAAAGGAGAAACUGGUUUGGUUAUCUUUGCUGGUGAUGUUACCCCCAUUGAUGUUAUGUGCCACUUGCCUGCCGUUUGUGAGGAAAAGGGCAUCUCCUAUGUUUAUACACCCAGCCGUGCUGAUUUGGGUGUCGCGAUGGGUGUUAGACGCGGUACCGUUGCUUUAUUAAUACGUGAAAACGAAGACUAUAAAGAUUUAUAUGAUGAAGUUAAACAGGAAAUUUCCACCUUAUACUGUCCCGUUUGAGAUAACAAAAAUGUAAAGCCUACAAACUCUUUAUUUCAUUUUAGUUAUUAAGCUAUUUUUUAAGUCUUAACAAAUUUAUAGAAAACAAAUAAUAAAAAAUUACAAGUUUUUUUUGUAACAACACUGCAA